GGCUCACUUAGUCGCUUUCUCUGUUACAUCUGGCAUACAACAUAAGGACAAAUAGCACAAUGAAAGAAGCAAAUGGAGCCAGCCAGCCGGACAGUUGUAAAACGAGCCAUCCUGACAGCAUGCCUAAGAAUGAGAAGGAAGGAAAACACAAGAAGGAUUUCACAUGGCAGCUUAUAAUGGCUUCUCUGGUUGGUGCCCUGGGGUCAUCCUUCUUAUACGGUUAUAAUUUAUCUGUUGUGAAUGCUCCUGCAUUGUUCAUACAACAACUGUACAAUGAAAGUUGGUCACAGAGGUAUAAUCAAACAAUCAGCGGUAACACUAUCUCUAUUCUGUGGUCUGUUACUGUAUCAAUCUUUGCCAUUGGAGGUCUUGUGGGGGCACUAAUAGUGAUGCCAAUGGUGAACGUAUUGGGCAGAAAAAGAACACUACUCCUCAACAAUAUGUUUGCCAUAGUAGCAGCAUUACUGAUGUCAUUAGCGAACCUAGCAGGUUUUCCUGAAAUGGUCAUCAUUGGUCGUUUUGUUAUGGGAGUGGAUGGAGGUAUAGCUCUCAGCACUCUCCCGAUGUACCUCAAUGAGAUCUCACCGAAGAGAAUCCGCGGGUCUCUGGGACAGAUCACUGCCAUCUUGAUUUGUGUUGGAGUGUUCACUGGUCAAGUCCUCGGCCUGCCAGAAAUAUUUGGACAGAAAUCCCGAUGGCCCUGCUUAUUUGGAUUUAUUCUGAUCCCAGCUGUGAUACAGCUGAUGGUUUUACCCUUUUUCCCCGAAAGUCCACGCUACCUUCUCCUAGAAAAGCAAGACACCAAGAAAGCCGAGAAAGCUUUCAGCACAUUCCUUGGAAGAAAGGAUGUUUCUCAAGAUAUAGAAGAUGUACUGGCAGAAACACGGAUACAAAGGAACGUUCACAUGGUUUCUGUCAUCGAACUUUUCAAGACGCGUUCUGUGAGAUGGCAGAUUAUAACCGUUAUUACCACUAUGGCCAGUUAUCAGCUGUGCGGCCUCAAUGCUAUAUGGUUCUACACUAACAGCAUAUUUGAGGCAUCCGGUAUUGAGCCUGAUACAAUUCCAUAUAUUACACUCUCCACAGGGGGCAUAGAAAUCUUGGCUGCUGUUUUAUCCGGCAUAACUAUUGAAAAACUGGGAAGAAGAGUGCUUCUGAUUGGUGGAUUUGGGUUAAUGACUCUGUUUUUUGGCAUAUUGACUGUAUCGCUGACUUUUCAGGAUCGUGCAUCAUGGGUACCAUACAUUAGCAUAGUGAGCAUUCUUGGUGUAAUCGCAUCAUUUUGCAUUGGACCAGGUGGAAUUCCCUUUGUCCUGGUUGGUGAGUUUUUUCAGCAAUCUCAACGUCCCGCAGCCUUUAUGAUCGCAGGCACAGUGAACUGGCUCAGCAACUUUGCAGUUGGACUUCUUUUUCCUUUAAUCAGGGACGGCUUGGACAAUUACUGUUUUGUGGUCUUUGCUGCGAUCAGCUUGUUUGGCGCCAUCUACCUCUAUUUCGUUUUACCUGAAACGAAAAACAAAACAUUCAGUGAAAUCGACCAAGCUUUUGCCAAAAUGAAUAAAACAUCUUCAGUAUUUAAAGAGUCCGAUAAAUAUUCAAGUCCAGAAGAGACUGUUGAACAGACUGAGAAUACUAAAGCUCACAUAGAUAAUGCUGACCACAACAGUAUGGAGAUGGAAUACAUAAACCAGUUGUGAAGUAUAUUUGGGGAGUGUGGAGGCUUUCUACUCCGAAUUACAACUCUCAUCAAUAGCCUACUGAUUGGUGGCAGUGUAUUGGCAGCUAUGUACUGUCUUUUUUUAUAAUUACUACAAAUUCAUUAUGCAUUACUUAUUAUGAUGUUUAUAACCUGUGCCAAACCUUUUGUAAAGUGACAUUAACCUUUUCACUGUAGGGUAAAAUAACAGGGUCACUCAAGUCAUCUACUACUAAGCACCAACCAGAUACUCACCAUAUCUUCACUCCCUUGCUGCUCUGUUCAUACUCAAAUGCAAACUCUAACAGGAUUGAAGGUUAUGUAGUCAUAC